CAGUCAGCCCGCGGGCGGUGCCGACUGGGGACAGACAGCACGGGAUGACGGCCGGCCGCAGGACGGUGAUGCUGCCCGCCGCCGCCGCCCUGUUCGGCCUGCCGGUGCCGUCUCUGGCGGCCGGGCCGCUCUCCGGACCGUCGGCCGCCGCACAGUGGUCGCCGCCGGCCGCACAGUGGUCGCCGCCGGCCGCCGCCGGAGUGGUGGCCGCCACCGCCAUCGGCGAGGGCGUCACGUCGCCGCCGCUCAGUGCCGAUGACGUCAUCACCCUCAGGUGUGACGCACACAACUUCGUCACCGACGAGCGCAGCGCGGAUAAAAUGGUCGCCGCGGACGACCUGAGCGGCGCCGUCUCGUGGCUCUCCUGUCUGCGGCUGGCCACUAACUGCCACACGCACAACGUGACCGUGCGCCGAUGGCGGCGGCCGUCGGACGGCGGUCCCGGCGAGCAGCGGCCGCCGCUCUACGAGCUGGUCACGGCGCGGCCGGUCCGGCCCGGCGACCAGCUGGCCGUCUGGUUUGACGCCGAGCUCAGCCAGCUGGCUGACGUGCCUUUUCUCGGCCUGCGCAACAUACAGGGCGGAGGCCGGUACGGGUGCCAUCUCUGCGGCCAGCUGUUCCAGCAGCCUAACCCGCUGAAGCUGCACCUGGCCGUGGGCUGCCGGGGCGGCCGGCUGGCCUGGCCGCCCGGCCCCCCUCAGCCGCCCCAGCCCAGCCCGGGCCACGUCUGCGCCCAGGUCGAGUCGCUCGUCUCCAGCAUGGGCCGGUCGAGCAAGGGCCACGUGUGCCUCUACUGCGGCAAACUGUACUCACGAAAGUACGGCCUCAAGAUUCACAUCCGCACGCACACGGGCUACAAGCCGCUCUGCUGUCGCAUCUGCGCGCGCCCGUUCGGCGACCCGAGCAACCUCAACAAGCACGUGCGCCUGCACGCCGACGGCGAGACGCCCUACAGGUGCGAGAUCUGUGGAAAGGUGCUGGUGCGGCGCCGGGACCUGGAGCGACACAUGAGGUCGCGGCACGGGCAGACGCCGGCCGGGGCCGCCGAGACGGCCACCGCCCACCCGCCGGCCACAUAGCGCCGCCGGGCUACCGCGCUCGGAACGGACGGUCGUGUCGAGUCGAUACAGCCCUCAGGUGAUCUCAGAAAUGCCAAAUUGUUCGUACAAAUGCGUGUGUACCAAUGCUAGUGUUCCUACCAAAAUGCGUGAACAAAUACUGUACAAAUAUACAUAUCGUAAAGAG